AUGGCAUCCAACCAAGGCAAUGGCACACUUUAUACCUUUCCGGGUAAUUUUCGUGCUUAUAAAGCUCAAAUUGCAGCUCGUUAUAGUGGAGCACGUUUGACUAUUGCCGGCGAAGAUAAAUUUAAAAUGAAUGAAACUAAUCGAUCAGAAGAAUAUCUUAACAAAUUUCCAACAGGCAAAGUACCAGCUUACGAAAAUGAUGCUGGUGUUCAUUUAUUUGAAUCCAAUGCAAUUGCUCAUUUUCUAUCAAAUGAACAACUUCGUGGUAAAACAUUAGCUGAACAAUCACAAGUUCUUCAAUGGAUUAGUUAUGGUGAACAUGAAAUAAAUCCAACAUCAGCUACAUUAGUUUAUCCAUGUAUGGGUAUUAUGCAAUUUAAUAAACAAAAUCAUGAACGUGCAAAAUCUGAAUUACAACAUAUUUUACAAUUACUUAAUAAUUAUCUUCGUGCAAGAACAUAUCUUGUUGGUGAACGUAUUACAUUAGCCGAUAUUGCUGUUGCUUGUGAUUUACUUUUACUUUUUCAAUGGAUACUCGAACCACAUUUACGUGAUCCUUAUCCACAUGUAAAUCGAUGGUUUUUAACAUUGAUUCAUCAAGAUGAAUUUCAAGCAGUUAUUGGUAAGGAUUUUAAAUUAUGUGAAAAAACAGCACAAUUUGAUGCAAAGAAAUAUGCUGAAAUUUCACGUCAAGAACAACCACUACAAACACAAGCAGCUACAAAAAAUAUUCCACAAGGAACAGAUCAAGGUGGAAAGAAAAAAGAAAAAGAAGAAAAACCAACUCAAGAAGCAGCAAAACCAGCAAAAAAAGAAAAGCCAAAGGAAAAAAAUGAAGAUGAAGAAGCUGGUGAUGAAACUGAAGAUGUUUAUGCUAAUGAACCUAAACAAAAAGAUCCAUUUGCUGAUAUGCCAAAAACAUCAUUUAAUAUGGAUGAAUUUAAACGUGUUUAUUCAAAUGAAGAUACAGCUACUAAAGCUCUACCAUAUUUUUGGAGUAAUUUUGAUAAGGAAAAUUGUUCAAUAUGGUUUUGUGAAUAUAAAUAUCCGGAAGAUUUAACACAAAUAUUUAUGACAUGUAAUUUAGUAUCCGGAUUUUUUCAACGUUUAGAUAAAUUACGUAAACAUGCAUUUGCUAGUAUGUGUGUUUUUGGUGAAAAUAAUAAUAAUACUAUUACUGGUGUUUGGGUUUGGCGUGGACAGCAACUUGCAUUUGAGCUUUCAUCUGAUUGGCAAGUUGAUUAUGAAUCUUAUUCAUGGAAAAAAUUAUCAGCUGAUGAUGAAAAUACAAAAAAAUUAGUUAAUCAAUAUUUUCUUUGGGAAGGUGAACAUAAUGAACAAGAAACGCUUGAUUUUUUCAAUGUCAUUGCUGAGCCUGAUGCAAGUGCUUAUAAUUUUGAAUUGUUACAUGAAAUUUCUAAUAAAGUUUAUCGAUACACUAAAAUUAUUAUUUAUCGGUUUUUAUCAAUUCUUAUUGGUUUACCAUUAAUGUUAUGCUGGGGUCUUAUUUUUGGUAUUUAUUCAUUCACUAUGAUAUGGAUUGCUGUACCAAUUCGUCGUUUAUGUCAAUCAGCAAUUGCUGAAGGUGGUUUGUAUAUUCAAACAAUAAGCGAUGCUAUUGUGGCUCCACUUUUUCGUUCAUUCGGACAAGUGUAUUCUAAUGUUCGCAUGACUUUAUUUAGUCACGCAAUUGAUUCAUCAAAACAAAUUCAAGGAUAA